AUGGAAGCUGAUGAAGGAGCGGCAAAAUUCCCAGGGUUUCCUUUCGAACCCUAUUCAAUUCAGAUUGAUUUCAUGAACAGCUUGUAUCAAUCUCUCAAUCAAGGAGGCGUGUCUAUGUUGGAAAGCCCAACUGGGACUGGGAAGACCAUGAGUGUAAUUUGCAGUGCCUUGCAAUGGGUGCUUGACCGGAGGCUGCAACAGGAAGCACUUUGUGAUGAGAAUCCAGGGAAUGGCAGUGGUGGCAGGGUUGGUUUAGAUGACGAACCUGAUUGGAUGAGGGACUUCAUCAUCAACAAAGUAGAGAAUAAUAAGAAGGAAGAAAAGCGCGGGUUUGUGUGGGGAAAACCUCAUAAUAAUAAAAAUAGUAAGGAAAUUCGUAAGGAUUUUAGAGUUAUGGGGGCUGGAGAGGAAAAGGGGGGUGAGAGUUUGCAAAAGAAAAUUGAUGCAGUGGAUGAGGAGUUUUUACUGGAGGAAUACGAGAGUGAAGAUGAGAGAGGGCCAGGGAGUGUAGUGUCCAAGAGGAAGGCUGUUAACACCUCCUUUAGUUCCUCUAGUGAAGAUGAGUCUAGCGAGGAGGAAGAGGAGGAGGAGAAGAAGUGGAAGGUUUAUUUCUGCAGUAGAACUCACUCACAACUUUCGCAGUUCAUAAAGGAAUUGCGUAGGACGGUGUUCGCUACUGAGAUGAAGGUUGUAAGUUUAGGCUCCAGAAAAAAUCUUUGCAUUAAUGAAGAAGUUGUUGAACUUGGAAACUCUACACGUAUAAAUGAGCGAUGCUUGGAACUUCAGAAGAAAAAGAAAACUGAUGCCACCAAAGUUAAGAACGUAAAAGUAGGUGCAGGGAUACGCAGAACAAAGGCCACUUCUUCUGGUUGCCCAAUGCUUAGAAAACACAGAGUUCAACAAGAAUUUAGGAAUGAGGUAUUUCAACAAAGACCCCUGGAUAUUGAAGAUCUUGCUAAUCUUGGAAGAACUAUGGGAACUUGUCCAUACUAUGGCUCUAGAAGCAUAGUUCGGAGAGCUGAUCUUGUUGUCCUACCAUAUCAAUCGCUUCUGUCUAAAUCAUCUCGUGAAGCACUUGGCCUGAAUUUGAAAUCCACUAUUGUUAUAAUAGAUGAGGCUCAUAAUUUAGCUGAUUCACUCAUCAACAUGUAUGACUCCAAAAUUACUUUAUCACAGCUGGAGACUGUGCACAGCCAUUUGGAACGGUACUUUGUGAGAUUCCGGAAUCUUUUGGGACCAACUAAUCGGAGAUACAUUCAAACCCUGAUGGUCCUCACACAAGCUUUUCUCCGAGUACUACUUGAUGAUAAAGAUGGAAAUAUUAUAGGUUCUUGCUGUGAUAUAGAUCAAUCUUCUGAAGAAAAUAGAGCCUCUGAUUUUACUAUGGCCAUCAAUGAUUUUUUAUUUGAACAUAAUAUAGACAAUAUCAACUUGGUCAAAUUGUUGAAGUAUGUGAAGGAAAGUAAUAUCAUGCACAAGCUUAGUGGUUAUGGAGAAAAGUUGGCUACCUUGGAGAAGAUACCAGCACACCAUAAAAUAGAGGAACAUGCUGAGGAGGGAAGCUGUGUAUCUGCCUUCCAGACCUUAGUUGACAUAUUACUAUCACUGACACACAAUGAUGGUGAUGGAAGGAUAAUAAUUUCCAGGUCUAGGUCAACGAGCAUCGGGAAGCAAGGAGGAUAUAUCAAGUAUGUUAUGCUCAGUGCAGAGAAGAUUUUUUCCGAGAUUGUAGAUGAAGCACAUGCCGUUGUAUUAGUAGGGGGAACACUUCAACCUAUAGAAGAGACUAGGGAGCGACUCUUUCCAUGGUUACCAUCAAACCAGUUGCAUUUCUUUUCAUGCGGGCAUAUUGUUCCUCCUGAUAGCAUUAUGCCAAUUGCUCUUACACGUGGGCCUACUGGACGCACCUUUGAUUUUAGCUUCAACUCCAGGAACUCACCAGACAUGAUGCGAGAACUGGGUCUUUUGCUAUGUAAUUUAGCGACUGUGGUUCCGGAAGGAAUUGUGGUCUUCUUCCCUUCUUUUGAUUAUGAAAACAGAGUCUAUAAGUAUUGGCAGUCAUCUGGCAUUCUUGAAAGGAUUACAAAGAGGAAGCGUGUAUUUAGGGAGCCUAGAAAUAACAUGGACGUUGAAUCCGUUCUUAAGGAAUAUAAAGAUAACAUUUAUACAUCGUCGGGUAUGAAUUCAGAAAUAAACCAGGCAUCUUAUAGUGGUGGUGCAAUACUCCUUGCUGUUGUUGGUGCGAAAUUGUCUGAAGGGAUCAACUUAAGUGAUGGGAUGGGCCGAUGUAUAGUCAUGGUUGGACUGCCGUAUGCUAGCCCAUCUAAUAUAGAGUUGUUGGAGAGGAUAAAGCAUAUUGAUGGUUUUCAAAAUUUAAAGCUUGAGAAUUCUAGCGUUCCUGCCAGUUAUGAUCUAUACAGUGGAAAUGUAGAAGGUGGUUUUGACAUCUUAAGAAGUUGCACUCAUAGAGGAAAAGAGUACUAUGAGAAUCUCUGCAUGAAAGCUGUAAAUCAAUCAAUAGGUAGAGCGAUCCGUCACAUUAAUGACUAUGCUGCAAUUUUGUUGGUUGACACAAGAUAUGCAUCUGAUUCCUUAAAACGAAGUUUUUCUCACCCAGUCACUAAGCUCCCUCAGUGGAUAAAAGAUGGUCUUGUUUCUUCUAUUAACUAUGGUGAGAGUAUUGUCAGUUGCCAGAGGUCAGUUGCUUUCUUCACAGGGCAAAUGCCAUUUCCAGAAGGCAACAGUUACCAACCACACAGCUCUUUAUUUGAAAAUCUGAAUGUGGACAAAAUUGGAGAGCUUAUAACUAUGACUGCCCUUCGAGGUGGACACUUGGAGAAGAGAAAGCCACUCCCUUUCAUAGUAGAACCACAAAUGCUGCUAAUACAAACUUUUCGCAAGACCAAGGUUUUCAUUCACAAAAGCUUCCGAAAUUUCAUGUUUUUCUUCUUUGGAGAGUACCAAAAACUUCCUAGAUCUCUUUCCUUCAACCCAUUCUUUUGUAGAAUUGGCAAUGCAAGAGCUCACACAAGCGACCAAUUUUACAAUGAGUUUUAUGAUCUUCUGCAGAGUGACCUCAGCAGAAUAAACAUGUAUGGUAACAUGUCCAGGUCAGCAACGCGAGAUGCUUCGUGUACUGGAAGCUUCAUGUGUUUUGCCAAGCUAAGUUCGCAAAAGAGCAAGAUUGAGGAGAGACCACAAGAGAAGAAGAACAAAGGAAGCUCACACCUCAGAAAAAAAGAGGACUUAAAUUCGCAAAACAUGAACCAGAAAGCUCAUGUUUUAGCACAAAAGAUGAAGGCAAUGGAUAUGGUGCAUGCGGGUGAUCUAGAGCACGUACUAGACAUAGAAGAGGCACUGCACUACUACUCUCGGCUUAAGAGCCCUGUCUAUGUAGAUAUUGUGGACAAAUUUUUCAUGGACAUUCAGUCAGAGUUAUCUGUUUCGCAGCCCUGUGCCGGCAGCAUCAGACCAAUGAAAGACUUGGUCCAAUCCGGUUGA